AUGUCGCAGGUCUAUGCUGAUUUUGAUAUUGUUUUCGUUGGAGGGACCACCGCGUGUGUUACCGCUGGCCGCCUUGCAAAGGCAAACCCAGAACUCCACAUUCUUCUAGUUGAACAAGGGCCUAACAACUAUCAGGAGCCGAAUGUAGUUACUCCUGCGCUAUUUUUGUCACAUCAGGCUCCCGGGAGCAAGACCACUAUUUUCUGGAAAGGAAAUAAGAGCGACGCCCUCAAUGGACGUAGCCCAAUUGUAUCAACAGGCCGGAUAUUAGGCGGAGGGUCUAGAUGGAAACUUACCACCUCGCUCCUGGUCGUGAAACUCAUGGAUAUGAGGGUCUCAUAUUCGGACAAAGAAAACUUCCCGGCUGUGGCGCAAGCAUACCUCGAGGUGGCACAAAAGAGGGGCGUCCCCUUAGUGCAAGACAAGCAAGACCUAAAUACUGGGCAUGGUUGUCAGCGGUGGGCGAAAUGGAUUGAUCCCGCGACCGGAGUCCGACAAGAUGCCGCUCACCGGUAUCCAUCCUCUAUGCAACAACAAACGCUUGCACAUUAUGACUGCGACCAAGGUUGUCCGUGUCAUUUUGAAGGAACCAAGGCCACAGGUAUCGAAGUUGUAGCAGAUAAAGAUACAGAAGAAGAUGCCAACCAGACACCUUAUAUUAUCAACGCUCGCAAGCUCCGCAGCGGAGUUGGCGAAGCUGAGCGACUGAAGAAGCUCGGAAUCCAAGUAGUCUCUGAUCUACCGGUUGGCUCGACAUACGAGGAUCAUAACCUCGUCCUCACACCUUACCAUGUUGCAGACGAUACAGAAACCAUUGAUCCGAUCAUGUACCAGGAUCCUGCGUUUCUGGAAGAAGCCCAAGCACAGUUCGCUCAAGGGAAAGGAGCACUUGCUACGAACUGGAUUGAUGCUGGUAGUAAGUUACGACCAACUCCCAAAGAGCUCGAAGAGAUUGGCCCAGCGUUUGCGCCAGUAUGGAAGAGCUACUUCGAGUCUAAGCCCGAUAAGGCACUUGUUGAGGGCUGGUUAGGGCCACGGAAUAUACUUCCUUAUAAAAAGGCUCGUAUGAUAUUGAUGGGCAAUUACACUGGAUAUCCCAUUUCUCGAGGGCAUGUAUAUAUCACAUCAACAGAUCCAUAUGCCGAUCCCGACUUCGAAACCGGAUUCCUUGACAAACAGGCUGAUGUGGACGUUCAGAUCUGGGCAUAUAAGCAGGCUCGAUGUGUCAAACUCGAUGGUCCACCGGACGUCAACAAUGUCAAGGAUAUUGUCUAUACCCCGGAAGAUAAUAAAGCGAUUGAGGCGUACCUUCGACAAUUCGUUGAAACAACCUGGCAUUCGGUUGGUACGGUCUUGAUGAAGCCAAGAGAGCAAGGUGGCUGUGUUGAUGCACGACUUAACGUUUAUGGGACCCAGAAUCUGAAGGUUGCAGAUCUUUCUAUUAUCCCUGGAAAUGUUGGAGCAAAUACUAAUUCCACCGCCCUGGUGACAGGGGAGAAAGCGGCGGUCAUCAUCGCGGAAGACCUUGGUCUCAACCUGGAUUAA